CGUGGUUUCCGUGCGUAGCGAGCGUUGUCGCGACGACUCGCGUGAAACAUUAGCGCCUAGUGGAUAUAUUUUUACGCACUGAUCGUUACUGACGUGCGUAGGAUUGUGUUGUACAGUGAUUAAGUAUUUAAAAAAAUUGAUAUAUGUCAAAGACAUUUAACACGUACCAAAGUAUAUACAUACGUUCGUGUUCUUAUUAUUGUAAGCCCGGAGCUGGCAAUUAUUAGUAAAUGCUAGAUUGGCAAGUAGUGAAAUAGAAGAAGUCGGAGUGGACUUUCGUCGUCAAGCGCUUGGGCUUUGACAGGUGCAAAAAUGUUCGAUAAAACCUCGGCGUUUCUUUUUGCAUUUGCCGGAUUGCUGGUUGUGGUAUCUAGCACUGAUGAUGGACACUGCAUAUGGUAUGAUGAGUGUUAUAAGGGCCCAAGAGGUAUGCUGAAUUGCCUAUAUACAGGAGAAGCGAAACCAUUGAAUAAGACUGGACAGGAGCUUCUAUCCACAUGGUGUUCGCACCUUAUAAACAAUACAGAAAAUGGUACAACGACCUGCUGUAGUCCGCAGCAAUUGACGACCCUGAAUACCCAAGUAAAUCAGGGCGCUAUCUUGUUGCAAAGAUGUCCGAGCUGUCUCAAUAAUUGGGUUAAACACAUAUGUGAAUUUACAUGCAGCCCGUUUCAGAGUAAAUUUAUUGAUGUCACGAGCACCAAUGUAACAGCCGAUAAUAAAACCUACGUUAAUGAAAUAGAUGUCUACAUAAGUGAUCGUUACAUAAAUAGUGCUUUCAAUUCGUGCAAGGGAGUAUCGUAUCCCAGCACAGGUGAACUAGUAUUUGACAUCAUGUGUCUUCCGUGGGGAGCGAGCAAAUGUACGCCCAAGAGGUGGUUUGACUUUAUGGGAGAUGCUGGUGACGACGGUUAUGCACCAUUCCAAAUCAUGUACAUUAAUACCGACGUACCACAGCAUGGAUUUGAUCCACUAAAUAUCUCUACCACACCCUGUAGUAAACCAUUAAAGGGUGAGAAAUAUGCAUGUGGUUGCGUUGAUUGUGAACAAAGCUGCCCUGCUCCACCACUACCGCCGCUACCUCAACCUUUUUCAUUGCUACACUAUGAUGGCUAUGCAGUUAUUAUGAUGAUCACAUUCAUCCUUGGAACGAUCGUGUUUGCCUCUAUUGUUGCAUGUUUUGGCAACAGAAUCCAGAUCGUGGCACGAGGAGAAGAAGUCGGAAGACAGGUUGGUAGACGCCUAGCUGCUGGGCUACACCACACAGGAGAUGGUGCUCGCAUUGCUCUUGCAGCUGACCAAGAAGACAGCCCACUGCAAUCUAAACGUUCCAGUGUCGUUUCGACGGACGAUUUAGCCAACAUAUUCAAAGAUGGUCAGUCCAGUUUUAUUGAACGGCUCGGUGCAGGAACUGAUAAAUUUCUACAAGAUUUUUUUCGCUACUGGGGCACAGUUUGCGCUUCUAAUCCAUGGACAGUUUUGUUGUUUGGAUUUCUGUCCAUUAUUAUAUUAGGAAUAGGUAUUACUGAUAUUCAAAUCACCAAAGAUCCGGUUGAGUUAUGGGCAUCACCGUACUCUCAAUCUCGUAUUGAAAAAGACUAUUUUGACAGUCACUUUGAACCAUUCUAUAGAACUGAACAAAUCAUCAUCUCAGCUGUUGGACUACCCAAUAUCAUUCAUAAUACUUCGGAAGGCGUCAUAACUUUUGGUCCUGUCUUUAAUAGAACCUUUUUAUUGAUGGUACGGGAACUGCAAGAAGAAAUAAAGAAAAUAACGACAGUCAACAAUUAUACUUUAGCUGAAAUCUGCUUUGCACCUCUCACUGCUUGGUACACUGGUGCUCCAAAAGUCGAAAAUUGUGCUAUCCAAAGUAUUUGGGGUUACUGGCAAGACGAUAUAGAGACUUUCGACGAUGUAACUGAAGUUGGUGGUUUUAAUGAGACUUACUUGGACCACUUCAGAAAAUGUACUCGGAGUCCCUAUAGUGCGUCCUGCUUUGCACAAUACAAAGGUCCCAUAGAGCCAGCAAUUGCAGUUGGAGGCUUUUUAAACUCAAACAGGAGCUCCGAAAAUAAAGCUUAUGAAAAAGCUACAGCUAUCAUCAUCACUAUUCUUGUUAAUAAUCAUCAUAAUAAAACACAAAUUGAACCAGCUAAGGAAUGGGAAGAAAGUUUCAUUGCAUUCAUGAAAAAUUGGACUGCUACUAAGAAACCAGAGUACAUGGAUGUUGCAUUCACAUCGGAGAGGUCUAUUGAAGAUGAACUUGAUCGAGAGACCAAGUCAGAUGUUCUUACAAUUCUCGUAUCUUACCUGAUCAUGUUUGGUUACAUCGCAGUUGCUCUUGGUCAAAUAAGAAGUUGCCGUACUCUGUUGAUGGAUUCCAAAAUUACUCUUGGCCUUGGAGGAGUUUUAAUCGUCCUGGCCUCUGUGGUGUGUUCUAUUGGGAUAUUUGGAUUCAUCGGAGUACCAGCGACUCUGAUUAUCAUUGAAGUUAUUCCAUUUCUUGUACUCGCUGUUGGAGUGGACAACAUAUUUAUCAUGGUUCAAACACAUCAACGAGAGGGUAGACGACCUGACGAAUCUAUUGCUGAACACAUUGGUCGUACUCUUGGUCAAGUAGGGCCUAGCAUGUUGUUAACAAGCGUAUCUGAAAGCUGUUGUUUUUUCCUGGGUGGAUUAUCUGACAUGCCUGCUGUCCGAGCUUUCGCAUUGUAUGCUGGAAUGGCAUUGCUAAUUGAUUUCCUUCUGCAAAUCACUUGUUUUGUUAGUUUAUUGGCAUUGGAUACUAUCAGGCAAACGAAUAACCGAUUAGACGUGCUCUGUUGCAUUCGGACUAAAAAGGAUGACAGAGAAGUUAUAGAUAGUCUUUUAUACAGGUUAUUUAAAUUUGGUUACGUUCCUUUCCUGAUGAAAAAAUGGGUACGCGCAGCAGUUAUGAUUAUUUUCUUCGGUUCGCUUUGUACGAGCAUUGCAGUGGUUCCUCAUAUCGAAAUUGGUCUCGAUCAAGAGCUCUCAAUGCCUGAAGACAGUUUUGUCCUUAAAUACUUUAACUUCUUGAACAAAUACUUAUCGAUUGGGCCACCAGUUUACUUUGUGGUAAAAGGUGAGCUCAAUUACUCUGAUUUCACAAUGCAGAACCGGAUAUGUGGUGGCCAUUUUUGCAACUCAGAUUCUUUGAUAACUCAAAUAUUUGUCGCAUCCAAGCAAACAAACAGGACGUAUAUAGGUAAACAGGCAUCUUCAUGGUUGGAUGAUUAUGUCGACUGGUCAGGAAUUGAUGGGUGUUGCAAACAAUUCAAAAACAACUCCUUUUGUCCAAACCAUGGCUUCUUGUGUAAAUCCUGCAAUAUUAAUUUUACCAACUAUAAAAGGCCUGAUAAAGAAAGCUUCGACACUUUCCUGCCCUACUUUCUGGACGAUAAUCCAGACCAGCAAUGUGCAAAGGGGGGUCAUGCAGCAUAUGCGCAAGGUGUCAAACUAAGCAAUAAUAUGGAGCACACGGUUAAGGCGUCUUAUUUCAUGGCCUAUCAUUCCGUUUUGAAAUCAUCAGCUGAUUACUACAAAGCACUAGAAGCUGCUAGAGAAAUAUCAGCCAACUUAACAGUAAUGAUUAAUGCUAAUAUCACUCAUGACGGAAACGACCCGGUAGAAGUCUUUCCAUACAGUGUAUUUUACGUCUUUUACGAACAGUAUUUGACAAUGUGGCCUGAUACACUGAAAAGUUUAGGUAUUUCGCUAUUGGCAAUAUUUUUGGUAACUUUCCUCUUGAUGGGGCUUGAUAUUUCUUCAUCAUUGGUGGUGGUUAUUACCAUUACUAUGAUACUUGUGAACAUUGGCGGAUUAAUGUAUUGGUGGCACAUUACUCUUAAUGCUGUAUCUCUCGUCAACCUUGUUAUGGCUGUUGGAAUAGCUGUGGAAUUUUGUAGCCAUCUCGUACAUUCAUUCUCUGUAUCUGUAGAAGAAACAAGAAUUGAACGCGCUGCUGAUGCAUUGACUCAUAUGGGUAGCUCCGUUUUUAGUGGCAUUACACUCACGAAAUUUGGUGGAAUAGUUGUUCUCGCUUUUGCCAAAAGUCAAAUCUUUCAGGUAUUUUACUUCAGAAUGUACCUGGGAAUUGUCCUAUUUGGUGCUGCACAUGGAUUAAUCUUCUUACCAGUGCUGCUCAGUUAUAUAGGCGUGAUGUCGCGCCGGGGCCAAAGGGGAAUAUAUCAACGUGGAAGAGCGUAUCACCGAGACUUCCGAAAUCAAUCGAUUAACAACCCCACAACGCCCCUUCUCGGGAAUAUCAACCCCGAUCACCCAGCCUCUUCCUACUCCAGUGUGAGUGCCGCACAUGCCACACAACCGCAAAUAAAUUUUUAAGACGACAAACGUAUGGAUAAACUAUCACUUUAUGAAUUAACUUGAUUCUCAGUUACAAAUGUUCAGCCCUGUAAUUUCUAAAGCUAGUGCAAAUUUAAUACUUACCAGCACUAAGUCAAUAUUAUCUUUUUUCGCGCUGAUGCAGAGUCUAUAAAUAACCACACAUUUUUAUUAUUAUAUACGGGGCUUUCUCCGUCAGAACGUACGGCAAUAAAAAUUUUAAUUUUUGAUUCC